AUGAACUUAAAAGAAUAAGAAUCAAUUAAUGAUUAUUUUAAAGAUGAUUCAAAAUUUAUAGGGGAAUUCUAAUUGCCUGAUUACAAGGUUAUGCGUGGAUAUAUUGGUGGAUAUGGAGACGAAUUGAGACUCUAUUACACCAAAUUUGAUCCGCCUCAUAAAAAAGCAUCUUUGUGCAUCGUUCAUGGCUUUGGAGAACACUAAGGAAGAUUUCUACAUAUUGCUGACAUAUUUGCUAAGUUGAAUUUUGCUGUCCAUUUAAUCGAUUUAAGAGGAUUUGGAUAUUCUGGAGGACCAAGAGGAUCCUAAACCUUAAAGGAAUUACAUAUGGAUAUUGAAGUCUUGCUAAGAUAGGUAUCUAAAGAUCUUCCGUUAUUUCUCUAUGGACAUGCAAUGGGUGGCUUACUCAUAAUCAGUUUUUUAAUGAGGAACCCUCAAUUGAAAAUCAGUGGGAUUAUCACUACAGCUCCGAUGCUUGGUUUUCCCAUGGAUAGAAAACUGAAGGGAAUCAAAUAUAUAGCAGUUAAGUACUUUGGACAUUAUAUGGAAGAUUUAGUAAUUAAUACAAAACUCAACAUUACAGGAAUGAGCAAGGAUGAUCUACACAUUUAAAGGUGUUUUGAGGAUAAGCUAAUGAUGCCUCUAUUAGGUAUUGGGAUGGCCAAAAGUAUUCUUGAAACCUUAAACUUUAUGGAAUCAAAGGUGUAGACUUUUAAAUAUCCCAUAAUAAUUUUACAUGGCAAAUAAGAUGCUGUUUCUAGUUAUCAUGAGAGUGUAAGAUUUUAUGAAAAAUGUGGUAGUCGAGAUAAAUCUAUUAAAUUGUUUGAGAAUGGUUAUCAUGAAUUAUAGCAUGAUUUUGAAUUUGUUGAAAUGAAACAAAUAAUGAUUGAUUGGUGCUAAAUACGUAUGCAAAAAGCUGAACCAUUUGGCAUUUUAGUGUAAUCCAGACUUAAUUAUGGUAUUCCUAUGGGAAGGAACAACAAUUUCAAAAUAUUGGUGGGUUUACUAUUCUUUUUGGUGUAUGUGUUAGUAAUUUUGAAAUUCAGAGGGAGAUUCUAAAAAUUUUAAUAUCCAAUUAUUCCAUUGAUCAUAAUAUAUAGAUAUUAUAAUAAAAAAUUAUGA